AUGUCACUUAUCUGUUCUCUUUCAAAUGAAGUUCCUGAACAACCAGUACUUUCACCUGUAUCAGGAUGUAUCUAUGAAAAACGUUUAAUUAUUAAGUAUUUACAUGAAGUAUCAACUGAUCCAAUUAACGGACAACCAUUAACUGAAGAACAACUGAUUGAUGUUAAAGUUACACCACUUGGUAAACCCAAACCACCAUCAGCAACGAGUAUACCAGCUAUUCUUAAAAUGUUACAAGAUGAAUGGGAUGGUACUAUGUUACAUAGUUUUACACUUCGUCAACAAUUACAAACAGCUCGACAAGAACUUUCACAUGUGAUGUAUCAACAUGAUGCAGCUUGUCGUGUUAUAGCUCGUUUAAAUAAAGAAGUCACAGCUGCACGAGAAGCUUUAGCUACACUUAAACCACAAGCGGGUAUUAAUCAAUCAAUACCAACACAAUUUGCUAAUGAUCAACCAAUGCAAACAUCAUAUCAUGGAACUACUGCUGAUAUUUCUCAAACAUCAGCUGCUGAAGGCAUGACUGAUGAAAUAAUUCAAAAAUUACAAGAUAAAGCAUCAGUUUUAACACAAUUACGUAAACAACGUGGUAAACGUGUUCCAGAAGGUUUAACAACUGUCGAUGAAAUGAGAAAUUUUCGUUGUUCAGCAACACAUACAGCAUUACAUAGUGCUGGUACUCCUGGCAUAUUAGCUCUUGAUAUUUCACCAAAAAAUCCUAGUAUAAUUCUAACUGGUGGAAAUGAUCGUCAAGCUGUUGUAUUUAAUCGAGAUAGUGAACAAGUUGUUGCAACACUUAAAGGCCAUCAAAAGAAAGUUACACAUGUUAUUCAUCAUUUUGAUGAAGAAAUUGCAAUUACAGGAAGUGCAGAUUCAAGUAUUCGUGUAUGGCAUAUUCCAUCUGCACAAUGUUUGAAAGUUCUUAAAGCUCAUGAUACUCCUAUAACAGGUCUUUCACUUCAUCCAACUGGUGAUUAUGUUUUAUCAAGUGCAAGUGAUACAUUAUGGGCUUUAUCAGAUUUACGUACAGGAAAAUUAAUAACAAAAGUUCAAGAUACAACUUCACAGAAAGGUUUAACAUGUGCACAAUUUCAUCCAGAUGGUAUUAUAUUUGGUGUUGGUACACAAGAAAGUGUUAUAAAAAUUUGGGAUUUAAAAGAAUGUAAUAAUGUUGCCGAUUUUCCUGGUCAUGCUGGUGGUAUUAAUACAAUUGCAUUUUCUGAAAAUGGUUAUUAUUUAGCAACAGCUGCUGAAGAUGCAUCAAUUAAAUUAUGGGAUUUACGUAAAUUGAAAAAUUUUAAAACUAUCACACUUGAAGAUCGUUAUGAAAUACGUGAUUUAGUUUUUGAUCAAAGUGGAAUGUAUCUUGGUGUAGCUGGUACUGAUGUUCGAGUUUAUCAAGCAAAACAAUGGGAUUUACUUAAAGUAUUUAAUGAUCAUACAGCAUUAGCAACUGGUAUUCGAUUUGGUUCGAAUGCUAAUUAUUUAGCCAGUUCAAGUAUGGAUCGUUCAUUGAAAUUUUAUGAACAAUUAACACAAGAAUAA